GAAACAACAUUUACAUCUCGAUUUUGAAACGAUUUACACUUCUUUACACUCUUCAAUUCAUUAAGACCAAAAAUACAAUUCUUGAUUGUUUACGAUGGCCAAACCUACUUGGAGCUCUAGGGCUGAUGCGUUACUCGCUUGGGUUGCGGGUGAUGUAUGGCGUUAUGAAAAGCAAUUAAGGGAAGGGAUUCCACAAAGACUUAUGAUUAAUUCCACACAAUUACUUGAACGAGUUGGAGAAUUUUUGAAUGCUUCAAAUCAGCUUGAACCUUUCUACAUCAGCAUAGGCUUUAAGGUAGAAGCGAUCCGAUGGCAUGCCAAGGAUAAAAAUAUACAAUGGAAGGAGUCUCAGGGGGUCGAAAGGCCUUCCUGGCUUUCAGAACACGUCUUGAAAGGUCAAUUCGGCGAGAUAGGUCUCGAGGCUUUGCAUGAUUCUACCUUGCGUCUUCGUCGUGUUUUGCAAGAUCGGGAAAGCGCCAAAACUCAGGGCAAGGAGCUUGCUAGAAAUCCAAGAGAGACAAGACCUCAAGAGAGAGAACGGGGUAAGGCUCAAGUGAUGGAUGAAGCUCAGAGGACAAUACUUUGGAGAAAGGAAGAAGAAAAAAUACGGGAGCUGCAAUUCAGAAGGGAAGUCAAGAGACAUGGUUACACGAAAGAUCCAGAGUUCCCUGGAAAUUUGUCUUGGACAGACCAUAAUGCUUCCGGCUUCAUUUACCGCGAACCCCCUAAUCAACUCGGUAGAGGCAUCAGAAGAGGAGGUCAAGAUGUGUAUCUUACUUCUCCUCUUCCACUAACGGGACCGUCGACGAUUCGAAGAUAGGUUCAAUGAAUGAAGACUAGCUCUGAAAUAAUCUUGCUCGAUCUCAAUCCGCACGCAAUUUUCCCUCUCAUCGUACACCUACGUCUUCAUGCUCGCAUAAAUGUACAGCCACAUAAUCUCGGUUCCUAAAUAUCAUAUUUUCCUCAGCAUCAAUUUUGAUAUAUUUCCUACUUUCUUUUAGAUGGUUAAGGGUAAGGGUAAGGAUCCAAUAAUUCUCAUCUCUCUCUCAUAAAUCUUCGAUACUUUUUAAAAUCAAACGUUCUUCCAGAAGAAGGUAUGCAUAGCUUGGGAUGGGAGUAUGUAAACAGAAACACAAAAAUAGAUCCUUAAAAUCAUAUCCAAACUCCAUCCAAUUCAAACACUUCUCACAACGAUACAUCCA